GGCGGGCUUUACUCGCGUCACGUGUCCCCCUCCCUCCCUCCCUCGUUCUCGGCCCCCCUUUUCCCGUGGCGGCGCGCGCGAGCAAAGAGCACGCUCGGAGGAGGGGGCGCGCUCGCUCGCUCGCGUACGUGCGUGCGUGCGAGUUCACGGCGCGAGCCAGCCCCUCGAGCCGCUGUCGCGGGAGCAGCAGCCCUCAGAGCCGUUCCCUCGCUCGCCCGCCUCAGUCAGUCAGUCAGUCAGUCACACACUGAGGAGGGAGGGAGGGAAGGAAGGCAAGGGAGCGGGCGGGAUUAUUAUGGGCUGUGGGUGCUGCUGCUGCUGAGGGCUGAGCAAAAGAGAGAGAAAUAAAUAAGAAAUAAACAAAAAUGGAGCUGUCUGCAGUGGGCGAGCGGGUGUUCGCGGCCGAAUCCAUCAUCAAGCGACGGAUCCGAAAGGUGAGCGGCGGGCCAGCGAGGCCCCAGACCGGGGCUCGGCUUUUUUUAGGGAGGGGGUGUUUCUGCCGUUGCCACCUCUUUAACCUGCGCUUCCCGUUUCUCCUCUUCCCCACCGCCCCCCCAUUUUACCCCCCUCCCCUCAUCUCUGCCCCCUCCCCUCUGCCAACCCCCCCCCCCCGUAUUUUGCAGGGACGCAUCGAAUACCUGGUGAAAUGGAAAGGCUGGGCCAUCAAGUGAGUUCCCCCCUAGUGCCUCUCUGUGUCUUGUCUGCGUGAAGAAGCCCCGUUCCCGCCUCCUGUGGGCCUCUCGCUGGGCUAAUAUUAUGUGUCCCUUCCCUGGGUGCGCACAAGGCGCGCGCGUGCGCGUGCACACACACAGAGUGCCUGUAGGGUUGCUUUAUCCUUUUCGCCUCCCCACCCACCAAGAACUCCUCAGCAUGUGCUAAUAUUUCUUUCCCCCCCCCUUCAUUCCUUUGCAUGUGCCUGUAACUGUGUCCAUCUGCACUUCUGCAGGUACAGCACUUGGGAACCUGAAGAGAACAUCUUGGAUUCCCGUCUAAUUGCAGCCUUUGAGCAAAAGUGAGUUUGAGAUUGAUUCUGGACAGUAGAGGGAGAGUUAGGAGUUAUCACUUGUUUUGUUUGCAGAAUGGAGAGGUUUGACUUUUUUUAAAAAAGCGUUUAAUUUCUCCCCCACAAAGGGAACGUGAGCGUGAGCUGUACGGACCUAAGAAGAGAGGACCCAAGCCCAAAACUUUUCUGCUGAAGGUAACUCUCACUUUAAUAACUUGGCUCUAAUUGAACCAGUUCAAGGUUCUGGGAUCUGAUAAACUUCAGUAUGGUUAACUGCCCACUAAAAACACUUAACAAAAAUAAAACAAAAAACAGAGUCAGCUGGGGAAAGGAAGUAGUUAGAAAUUAAAGCUUCACAUGUUAUUUUGCAGUAUGUGUCCAGGGACACCAUAAAUUAUUGGAAAGCUACAAAUAUGCUCUUGAUCUCUUUCCAUCUUCAUUUUGACUGAAAGUGAUUGCUUAAAGUGUAUGUAAGUUGGCCUUUUGGCCUCGUGACUUCUUGCUGUCUAAAAAUGGGCCAGUGCUUUGCCACCCUUUUUCACGGACUUGUCUGAAGGCUUUGUUGUUUAGUGUUUUCUCAGAACUUUGAAGAGGGGGCAAUGUAAACCAGUAGUUUUUAAAAUCUUAUUGGAAGAAAAUAAUUAAACUUUGGAAAUGCUAAAGUGCCCAGGAACUUUCUGGACCAGACAGUCCAAAAUAUCAAUUGUUUAAGGCUAUUGUGAUUGCAGCACUAAAGCCUGCUUUGAGGUUUCUUGUCUGUAAAAAGUGAGAAAAGUGUAUGUGUAUAUCAGUAUAUCAGAGUUUAAACUUCCUCCCAGUCUUGCUGAGGCAGUGCUUACUAUAUGAGAGGCAGAGUGGUCUGGGGUUCCGUUUCUCACUAAUGCUGCUUUCAGCUCAUUUAAAGUAGAAGCUCUUACUGAUGUGAAUUUUGGAAGCAUGGGUAGAAAUCUGAACCUCAAAUGCUGAGGAGGGUUUGCAGAGUUGGCAUUUAAACCAGUAUAAACCAGUUUGGAAAAGGAUGAUCCAUCAUGGAGAAUAAAGAUUUUAACACCCAAAGUGGAUAUUUGCACUUUGUCAGGACUAAGAAAACCUUGGUUGUGUAAAUUUUACCACUCUUCUCAGCAAAUUCCUAAAUAUUCAUUCAGGACUUAUAAAGAUGACUUUGUCUAGUGUUUGACUUCUGAUGACAUAGGUGGUAUGAUAAUUGAUUUGAUCUGGAAACUAACUGGAUAGCUUAUUUGCAGAUGUAAAUGAUUCAGAAAAUCCUGAGCUCCAUAAGAACUAGCAUGGCCAAUGGUCAGGAUUAAUUACGGUUGUAAUUCAACAAUAUCUGAGGGGUUGCAAGUUCCCCACUGCUAUAUUAAGCUAAGGAUGACUAAUUUAAUAUAUUUGUGAGGGUCCACUCAUUUUCCCAGGCAGUGGUUUCAAUUUAUUAAAUUUAUACAUUGCUUCCCACUAAAUGUCCUGAAGCAAUUUACAACCAAAGUAAAAAAUGCAAUUAUAAAAUCACAUAAACCUUAUUUUAAACAUAGAUUUAACCAUGUGUCAAAUCAUUGGUGGUACCCAAAUGCCCAGGAAAACAAAAAGACACCAAAAUGGCAGCAAGGUUGAUGGCAGUACUCUGGGGACUAGAGUACAGUUGUACCUUGGUUGUCAAAUGGAAUCUGUUCGCGAAGUCCGUUCGAUUCCCAAAACGUUUACAAACCAAGGUGCGGCUUCUCAUUGGCCCCGGAAACAAUGCUGACAGCCAAAACAGACGUUCAGCUUCCAAAAAAUGUUCGCAAAUUGGAACGCUUAUUUCCAGGUUUGCGGCAUGUACGUCCUUUGUGUAGUAUGAAACACUUGAGGCAAAUUUGGACCCAGCUCUAUUACAUUCUCCUAGAGUACCUGAACACUAUCUUGGAAUGCAUUUGAAUUGAUGGUGAUACAACAGUAACAACAACAACCACUUCAAAUGCUUUCCAAGAUAGUAUUCAGGUGCUCUGGGAUAAUGGAAACGAAAAUAUUGUAUUCACAUCAGCUUGGCCUUGUGUAAGUACAGGGCCACUUUGUCAUGCUAUAAUGCGUUAACUUAUGUAUGACCUGCUUUGUACUGAGCAACUCUCUGGCUUGCAAAGAAUGUGUUGCUGGGUCAUCGUAUAAAUUGUAAACAUGAAGGUGGGUAGAUGUAAGCUAGUAGGAAUAAAUUAGACGGUCAGUAGCAAGUAAUGGAUUGUUAGUUCUCUAGGGAAUUUCCCAGUCACAGUUUGCAGGAUGUAGCUUGUGGUCUACAGAGAAAUGGGGGGAGGGGCUGCAUUCUUUGACAAGUAGUAAUUUCUCUGUUCACUUAAAAAUCAGUUUUGCUUUUAAUCUUCUAUAAUUUAUUUAAGUUAGAAUUUUGGAACCCUCAUUAUCUCCCUCAGUGCCAUUUCUUUUAUUCUCAGCCAGGGGGAAUCAGGUGAGGAGAGCUUUGCUCAUGUAGUUACAAGAUGUUUGAAACUCCCAGAGCAGAAACUGAUGAUUUUAGCAACUUGAACACAGUUGCUACACAGUAUAAACAAUCAUUUAGAAAUUUACUGACUCAAGGUAAUACAUAAAGGGAGAAUUUUAACCGCAUGAGUAGAGUGGUCUGCACGACUUCUUUUACUCUCAGAAUGGAUAAAAACAUCCCUUUAUAUAUUACCUUGGGUCAGUACAUCAGGUGCUUUAUACUAUGUUCAUGAGAAGUUACUGAUUUAAAAGCAUGCAAGAAAAUGCUUGCAGUUAUGUACAUUUUACUGGCUUUUCGUGAGUAUAUAGCUGCUAGAAAAUUGGGUUAACCUUCUGUGAGAAGGGGUAAGCGCUGGGCGGGCCAGGUAGAACACAAUCUCCUUCAGUUGGCCAUUGGGCUGUGUGGCUGAGGACUAAUUUUAUCCGAGUUUGUUUGUUAUAGUUCAUGGAAAAUAUGCCUUGUAGCAGUAAGUCUUUGAGUUCUAGUAAGCAACUCCUACUCAAGUUCUGGACACAGCUUUGUGGAAUAGGGGCGGGGGAAGAUCCUGAAAGUUGUAAUUCAGUACUGUUUGUGUAGCUGUGGAAUUUUGCAUACACUAGAGUCAGGUGAGGGUAGAGGCAAUACCCCUGUCUCCAGUGAUGGAACCUGGACAGAAGAUAAUCCUGCCUACUAUUGCUAUCUGCCCAGUGCUAAGAGCACAUGCUUUGGUUGCAAAAUGUCCCAGGCUCAGCCCCCAGCAUCUCCACAUAGGGCUGGGAGAGACUUCUGCCUUGAAACUCUAGACAGCCACUGCCAGUCAGUAUCAAUCAUUCUGAGUUCGAUCAGUAUAAGGCAGCUUCCUAUGUUCAUCAUUGCUUCUGAGUUUAUUUUCUGAACUGAUAGCAAUGUUUCACUUCCAGGGUGUGCAGAAGGUUUGGUCUGCAAAAUGGGAUGUCUGAGAAGGAAGGGUUGAAUGAUUUCUAACAAAAGACAAAAACUCCUACCUGUACAGCUAAUGUGCCAAUAUUUUCUGUUUAUGUAGGUUUGCAGAAGUGGAAGCUGAACUAUGAGUAAUCAAUAGAAUAAAAUAAGUAUAGCACUGAGUGGUAUUCCCCUAAAGACACAAAUAUUAAAAAUAGAACUUCUGGCAAGGUAUAACCAAAGAAUCCAGUUUCUGCUUAAGGGGGAUUUUAAAAAAAACCCAGAAGUAUAAGAAAUUCAUGAAUAUAUGGAAACAGACAUUAGAACAUAAGAGCCAUGCUGCAUCCUGUUUUAGCAGUGGUCAGCCAAAUGCUUUUGGGGAGCCCACAAACAGGACUUGAAUAUAAUCAUGCUCUCAUGCUGGUAUUCAUAGGCAUAUCACCUCUGAUGCUGGAGGUAGUAGACAGCUAUCAUGACUAGUAGUUAUUGAUAGUUUUUUCCUUCAUGAAUUUGUCUAAACACUUCUUAAAGCCCAUCCAAAUUGGCAUACAUUGCUGCGUCUUGUAGUAUCAUAACCAUAGUUUAUGCUCUGUGUGGCAAAGUACUUCACACAAGUCAUCAUUGGAAAGAAACAUGUUAACUUUGUAUUGUAGUAAUUUGAAUGCACUGAUAUGUGAACUUGGUUGGAAAAACACUUUUAAAAUGUAGCAAAAAGCACAAAUGUACACAUCUGUAGUCUGACUAAUUCUUAGUGCAUUAACAUUUAACAUUACAUUCAUUUCCCAAAACUGGGUUUCCUGAUCAAAGAAAUAUAGAUGAACUGCUUUUAUAUUCUUAUGUCUCCACUUCCAGUUUCUUUAUCAUUUUGCGGGGCUUCUCUUAAAGGUGUGGACAUUUAUUAAGUACGUUGCUAGUACUGUAGUACGGGAUUUGCAAUAUUAAACACUAGAAGAGGGAGAGGUUAUUUAGAAAAUUAGUACAGUGCCAUAGGUGCAUGGGAGGUGGAAAUUAUGAGAUUCUGAUGAUGUUCUCUGCUAUGUCAACUUACCUUGCUGGUUGACGAGAGAGUCACUCCUCAGCACUGGAAAGAAAGUACAAUAUGUAUGGCAAGGUGAUUGUGUUAUCAGCAAUUAUUGCAAUGAUGGAACGCUGUUUAUUUUGCAUGCAUUUAAACUAGCUGAAUUGUAACACUACUUUUUGCGUGUUGUCUCAAGUAAAGUGUAGGCAUUGGCUUUGAAGGUGUUGUGACUCAGCCUUCCCUUUUUAGGUAGAAUUUGCUGAUCCAGAGGCUCUAGGUAGAGAAAGCUUCUUGUAUAUUUUCCCCUCCCCUCCCCCUCAUGCCACUCAAAGUAUUUUUUACUCAUCUCUUGUCAUUUGUACUCCUGUUUUCCUUUCACACCUAUCUUGUACUUCUGCCCACCCCACCCCCUGCCAAUUUCUUUCAUCCCCGCUUCCUACUCCUUUUACAUUCAGUUGUCUCUCCUAUGAUAGCAUCUCUCUAUUAUCCCCUUCCUUUCUAUUCCUAGUUUAUUAUUAUUACUUUUGGAGCUGCUGCAUAACCAGAGUCUUUGGUGCUUAUAUAUCUGUGUGGGAAAGUAAGUAGGAAGAAAAUGGAAAGGAACAGAAGCAUUCACCUGCAAUUCUUGUUGCAGGCACCAGAUGGUAGGAAAAGCUAAUUGAACUAAGGGGGGGCGGGAUAGAUACAUUUGGUUAGUCUGAUGGUAUUUGAAUACAGAAGUUAGCUAUUUUUGUUAGCACAUUUAAUGAGUUGGCCAGUUGAGCUGAUCUGUAUUAAAUGUCUAGUUGUAAGCAUCACACAAUGGGGUGUUAGUUUUCUGAAAGUGAGAGGACCUUUUACAGUAAACUAAAUCAAAUUCAACAGUGUAAUAUAAAACUAAAUUGAAGGAGCAUCUCCACCCCCAUCGUUCCACCCAGACGCUGAGGUCCAGCGCUGAGGGCCUUCUGGCAGUUCCCUCGUUGCGAGAAACCAAGUUACAGGAAACCAGGCAGAGGGCCUUCUCAGUAGCGGCACCUGCCCUGUGGAAUGCCCACCCGCCAGAUGUCAAAGAGAAAAGCAACUACAGUGGUACCUCGGGUUAAGUACUUAAUUCGUUCCGGAGUUCCGUUCUUAACCUGAAACUGUUCUUAACCUGAAGCACCACUUUAGAUAAUGGGGCCUCCUGCUUCUGCUGCGCCGCCGGAGCACUAUUUCUGUUCUCAUCCUGAAGCAAAGUUCUUAACCCAAGGUACUAUUUCUGGGUUAACGGAGUCUGUAACCUGAAGCGUAUGUAACCUGAAGCGUAUGUAACCCGAGGUACCACUGUACCAGACUUUUAGAAGACAUCUGAAGGCAGCCCUGUUUAGGGAAGCUUUUAAUGUUUGACGCACUAUUGUAUUUUAAUAUUUUGUUGGAAGCUGCCCAGAGCGGCUGGGUAAACCCAGCCAGAUGGUCAGGGUAUAAAUUAUUAUUAUUAUUAUUAUUAUUAUUAUUAUCCUUUUUUACAAGGACAGAAGGGAUAUUAAUUUAGUAAUCCUCAUAAUGACUUUGAACAUAGAUCAGUAUCAUCAUCAUGGCUUAUAGGUGACCCAAGAGUACUCAUUUCAUGGAUGGGAUGAGAUUUGACCAGGAAUGUCUCAGCUCACUCUAAUGCUGGAAGCUAUAGUUGUAUCUUAAUAGAGGAACUUUGGGGAAACUGCACUUAAAUUCCUCAAAUAAGGUCCAUAGCUCAGUUUAGCUGCAUUAGUUGUAAUUUCUGAACCAACUUCAAGGGAAAAUCCUCAUAGAGCACAUUGCAGUAGUCCAGUUUAGAGGUUACCAAGGCCUGCAUCACUAUAACCAAGUUAUGCCUGUCCAGGAAUACCUGUAGCCUAACAUACCAGCUGAAGAUGGAGAAGGCUGUCCUAUAUUCCUAGCCAAUAGUCUAUGUGUCCUAAUAUUGUAUAUUUAAAGGUUUAAUCUGCAUGUUUAUAGCAUAAUAUCCUUUCUUAAAUCUUGCUUCGUUUACUUAUGGUUUAGUCAGACCCUGAUAAUUUUCAAAUGGAUUUCUGCUGUUUUGUUGCACAGAGUGGGAAAGCUUUUGUAUGACCUAAAGCAGGAUUGAAUAAACCUUUUCCAAAUGGAAUUAAUUGCAUUUAUAGUUCAUUUUUGUGGGAGACCCGAUUUUAUCCUAGUUAGCUUUACUUCUAAGAAGUGGUGGAUGUAAUGAUCUGGCUGCAAGUCACCUCAAGACAUUGUUUGUACAUAUUACAGGGGAGGGAAAUAUGCCUUUCUUUUAAAUGCUUACUUUGCAAACUCUCCUGUUACACGUGAAGUUUUGGUAGAUUUUAACUUGUGCUGUGCUGCAGUCUGCUAAAUGAGUAGCCUCAGUAAUAACUGACAAAUGUUCUUUGAAGAGCAUCUCCUAAUGUACUUUAAGUCUUGAACAAUCCCAGUAUCCCAAACUGUAAUUCAAAACCCAGGAUGAAAAUGUAUGGAAAUGGAUUUCAUGGUUUCCUUUAUUAGGGUGAUUUAUGCUUGGUCAGAUGGAUUCAUUUUGGGUUGGGGACAUGCUAAGUUUGAAAUCCAGGCCUGUGCAGAGCUCAGCCUCCACUUCCUCCAGUUAGGCUUCGUAUCCUUAAGAUGGCAGGUGCCUGCAGUUUAGUAUGCAGAAUGUGAUUUAUUCCCAUCUAACUCCAUUUUUUCCACUGCAGGCUCGGGCCCAGGCGGAGGCCCUACACAUUGGGGAUGUACAUUUUUCUGUCAAGCCUGGUUCUAGCACAUCCUCUCCCAAACUCCACUCCAGUGCUGCAGUGCACCGACUGAAGAAGGACAUCCGGCGAUGUCACCGUAUGUCUCGACGCCCUUUGCCCCGCCCAGACCCCCAGAAUAGUGGAGUUGGUGGGGGCACUGGCAUCCGCCCUCCUGUCUCUCCCUUUUCAGAAACCGUCCGCAUCAUCAACCGCAAGGUGAAGCCACGUGAGCCCAAGCGCAGUCGCAUUAUUCUCAACCUGAAGGUGAUUGAUAAAGAUGGGAAAGUGGGAAGCAGGGGAGGAAGUUUGGCUCGAUCCAAGAUACCUUCACGAAACCGUGUCAUUGGCAAGAGCAAGAAAUUCAGCGAGAGCAUGCUUCGUAACCAGAUCCGCCACAUGAAGUUUGGAAACUUCCCGCUGUACAACAAGCCGUCCACUCCAGUCCCAUCCUUGGAGGGGAAGACAGAGGCAGGAGGCUCCCAGGGUGCCUCUUGUGGGCUCAUGGGCUCUUCUGCCUAUGAUGCCCGCAGUUCGAGCUCCUCUGACUGCCCCUCACCAGCUCCACACUCCUCAUCGGAUCCAGAUGAUUCCCCACCAAAGCUGCUUCCUGAGACACUAAGCCCAGCCAUUCCUGACUGGCGUGAAUCGGAAGUCCUUGAUCUGUCAAUUCCACCAGAAUCGGCAGCCACCAGCAAGCGUUCUCCUUCUGGAGGAGGGGGUCAGAUGCCAUCAUCUCCAUCCUCUUCUGACCCAGAGCAGGAGGCUGGGGAUUGGCGCCCUGAAAUGUCUCCCUGCUCUAAUGUGGUGGUCACUGAUGUCACCAGCAACCUUCUGACGGUCACCAUCAAGGAAUUCUGCAAUGCAGAGGAUUUCGAAAAGGUGGCAGCAGCUGGAGGUGGUGGUGGAGGCAGCAAAUGAGAGGCUGCCUUCUUCCUUCAGCGCAGUUGGGGGGAGGGGGAAGGGACAGGGAGGCUCUACUGCAAGAUCAUGCAUGGUGUGAAUGCCUGUUUUCUUCUCUCUCCUCCUUAUCCAUUCUUUCUCUCUUUGCUUGGAAAUUAAGACGGUAGUAGAGGAAUGGGAAUGGAUGUGUUUGAAGUUUCCAAAUGUCACAGCUGCUAGGGGUUAUGGUGGGGCAUGAGUUUCCCUUUUGUCUUCAAGGGUUAUGUUGCGCUGAUUUGGACCUGGUGAAUAAGAACUUGGGUGAAUGGGUUCGUAUCUUUAAGAGGGGAAGGAUUUGCUUUUCCAUCCUCUUUAAUGAAACAGAGAUCCUUUGGUCAACACAGGCAGAGUCUGCAUUCCUGUUUUCCAACUCUCUACACCUCUGUACCCGUCACCUUGCUCUUAUAUCUGUAGCUUUGGUGAGAUUGUAUUGACCCUAGGAAGAAGCAGCUUUUUAAGGGGAAGGGAGGUUGGAGAGUAGAUCACUAUGAUUAGGUGGGGGCUGCUACAGAACAUCUGGGGAAACUUAUGUGCCCUAAAUUUUCAUUCUGCUGCUGGGCACUCUUCCUCCUUGCAUAUGCCAAAAGUGCUAACUUGAUAAUUGUGGUAGCCCUUGGAGUCAGCCUGGGCACAUUCUAUCACUUCCAUCUGUCUUGAACCAUUUCUCAGUCCUGGUUCUAAGACACCCUGCACAUUUUUUUUGUGGCGGGCCAAACUAGAGUUUCUUCAGCCUUCUUAAGUUGUCAGUCUUGUGCCCUGCUCCUUCCUCUUCUUAAAGUCUGAGGCAUGUGUGUCCCCUUCCUGAAACCUGCUACGAUGAAAAGGAGAGGAGCCACACAUCCAUCUUCCAAUGUAGGAGGGAUGGAAGAGUUGUGCAGUGAGAGUGAGCCCUGUUCUUAUUAACUUAACUCCAUCAUCCUUCCAGUGAGGUGGGUAGGAGGAGGGCCUGCUUGUUGCACAUUUCCCCAUCUGCAUCUCUCUCUAGGUGAGUGAGAUGGAAGAACAUUCGCAUCUACAAUUCCUAGGAUCUCAAACUGCCUCUACAGUUGCCAACCAAAGGUGCUAAGAACCUAUUGUAAAAUCUUACUGUGUGUCUCUUGGAUCUUUGUGUGUGUGUGUGUGGAGUGCAUGUGCAGUGUGUGUUCGCCUCUCCCUCCCAUCCACCUGCCAACAACAUGCUGCUUUUCAUGAAUUCAUUCUGACUGAAACCUUUACAGCCUGUCUUGGAAGGAGGUAAAAAUGUGGCUUCUUUUGCUAUCUCCUCACCAUCCCGCAUAAUGGGUUAAUAACCAUGAGCUCAUAUAUUUGUGUCCAAGGUUCACUGCAGAAGUAAAACAAUUUCUGCAAAGUUCUGCUCUGUGUUUCUUCUGCCAUCUUACGUUCUAGCCCUGUUGCAAGUUUCUCUUUCCCCUCCUGGGUGCCUCUGUUUUGUUACCAGUGGCAUGUGUGCGUGCAAGUGUUGCCUGUCAUACUAUUUGUAAUCUUCGUUACAUUGUUUUUUGGGGGGGAAGGGGUGUGUGUGUGGUAGUAAUAUUUCUCAAGGGCUUGUCUGCAUGCUAUGCUGUCACUGAAAUAACUGCAUUCAAUUCUUAAUGGCAUCUCUCUUCCCUGUAUUCCUGUGUGAACUUUCUUUUUUUCAAGGGCUUGCUUAGUUGUUUUGUUCAGUUUUACGUUGAGUUAAUUAUUUAUCAAUACAUGUAAAGACUGGUGCUGCAAAAAUUGUGGCAUUUUAGCUCAUCGGUAUCUCACAUCAGGAAGGACUUCAGACCUUUUUAAGCUGUCUCACCUUUUCCUCAUUGACUUUGCAAAGUUCCACUUGGCUAUAUCUGUGUUUAAAAAGAAGCCUGGACUUUGCCAAGUACAGGAUUGAGAGAUGGUGUGUGGUGAUACCUUAUUAAUAAUCUUAAAUAUGAGUGUCUAUAUAUAGAGAUGCCUACCAUAAGCAAAUUGUAUAAUGUUAAACAGUGUGAUUGUCUGUGACAGUUUGAGUGUAGUCAGUACCUAAGACAUAUUCAAAAUGUUGGUUUUCCUUUAUCCUAUCAUAUAACACCUUUUGUGUCUUUUAAAAUUAUUUCAAAACAAGUGAAAUCUACAUGGUGUGCAGGCUUAAGUUCCUCCACACUCCUUCCACUAAUGUGUAAGUCUAAGGCUUCUUGUAAUUCCACAGGCGCAUGCUUUGAAAUAGCUGUUUGUUGUUUUUCAUGAGUUCAGUGAGACAGGCUGUAUCAUUGCUUUGCCUCAAAGGAAGUGUGGAGGUUUUUUUAUGGGAGUUUAUUUUAAUGGCUGUAGCUUCAAAGGUGGGUGGGUUGGGUUGUGGGGUAGAGAUGUAUAAUGGGAGAUGGAGCAGGGAGACUUGUAUUAAAGAGAAGACUUUAAAGGAGAAAAAAAAUGAAAUAUUUUAUGAAGCUGCAAGAGAGGAACUAUUAUACUGGGUGGGGGUGCAUACUAGUCAAUCGUGUUUUGAGAUUGCUUGGUAUGUUUGUGUGGUGUAUGGUUUUGAAGUUUGUCUAAUAUUUGAAAAAAGUAAAUGGACAAUAUAAAAGGGAAUUUUAAUAGGAAACUCUUCAAAUAUUUUAACACGUGUUCUUGGCAGAUUCCUCCCCCCCUUCCCUAGAGUCUCUUGUCACUUUGGUUUCUCUGUGUUUCAAAAGAGUAGGACAUUCACCUUUCUUGGAGGUGUUGGAAGCUGUUGUCUGUUAGAAGCUGACUGAUUUCAUGUAUGGUACCUCCAAUGGCAUCAGGUUGGCUCCCCCCCCCCCCCAACAACUUGUCAGUAGUGAAAGGAGGGUGGGGAUCAACAAUAGCUUUGGAAUUUGUUCCAGAAAAAAAAGGUCCCAGACUAGAAAUGGUCUGGUGGGAGGGCAGAUUUGCAUGAUAUGUUAAACACAGUUUUUAAUUUCUCCUUCAUGACUCUCAAAGCAGUGGGAUGAGGGGACACACCUGUUUGAAGGCAGUGGAAUAAACCCUUGCCCAGAGGGUGAAUUUAGCUAUUAUUAUUAGAAUUACAUUUAUAUCCCACUACUUACUGCAUUCCACAUCCCUAGUCUGUGAUCCCAACAUGGCACUCUCGUCUUCACAAUGACCCUGUGAGGUAGGUUAGACUGAGAGAUUGCGACUUGUCCAAGCUCACCUAGUGAGCUUCAUGAUUGAGUGGUAAUUUGAACCCUGGUCUCCCAGAUCCACUGCAACAUGCAAACUUCUACACCGUAUUGGUUCCUGGGGCUAUGUUGAAAGUGUGUCUUCAGAUGUCUACUUUCUCCACAGAUUAGUGAGUGUGGCACUUGAUAAACAAAUGGGAAUUAAUCUUUCUGAUAACAUGUGAAGUAGCUUUAGUAUGAAAGUGGGAUGCCGCCUGGCACUCAUGUCACAAGCUUCUGUUUCCUGAAUACAGAUACCAGCUACUCUUGUGCCAUGGUGCCAACACACGGGAUGCAUCCAGCACCAUAAUUUUGGUGCAGUGAUGGCUGAUGAGGUGGUACCAUGCUGAUUCCUCUAGUCUACUUAGAACAGCAGCCAUUGGACUGGGAUUAAGAACAUAAGAGCCUGUUGGAUCAGGCCAGUUGAUGCCUUUGAGAAGUGUGAAAGCAGGACCAGAGCACAGCAGCUCUCCUCCCGCUUGUGAUUCCCAGCAAUUGCCAUUCAGCGGCAUACUGCCUCUGACAGUCGAGGGAGAACACAGUCAUCGUGGAUAGUCGCCACUGAUAGCCUUAUCCUCCAUAGAUUUGUCUAAUCCUCUUUCCAAAAGGGAUUAGCAGUCCCUGACUGUCUCAUAGUUGAGUUGAGCUGGUUGAGUUACUACUGUUGCUCUAAAACUACAUCACUGAAAGUACUUUAAAGGCCAUUCCCUUGAGGAGGCAGGUGACGAGCAAAGCCUUGGCAGAUAGGUGAUUGUGAAACCAAUUGGAUGGAGCAGGGUUUAGUUGACUACAUCAGUGGUAUCUUCUCCAUCUCCAUGCAGUAUGAUGACUCUUGUUGGGAUCAGAGGCUAGGGAUAUGGAUUGUGGUAAGUAGCCCACAGAUGCAUGAGUCACUCCACUUGUGCAGUACCAGGAGUCGCUCUGAUGCAAAGAUAAGCCUUCUGUUUUGGCUAGCAUUUUGACCACUUCUUUGGCAUUAGCAACCACAGCUCCUAACCAACAUCCCUAGGGAGUUCUAUGCUGCUAAGAUUUUACCAACCUGGUAGCUCAUUUGCUUGAACAUUCCCCCUCCAUCUCUAGAAAGAACCAUCACUCUUGAAGGGGGAGAGUCAGAUGCAUGUAAUGCUGGAAUGUAGGGUUGCUUGGUUUUGCCUUGAAAUUUUCCCUUUUACAGUAUUUGGCACACAACCUCCAAAAGCAGAUUGUGUUCAUCUUUCCUGUUAAGUGGCAAACCUUGUACCUGACACAUUCUAGCCACCAGAUGGUGACAGAGGGCUACUGUUAACGGCUUCAUGAUUUGGGCUGUCUUUUUGCCUUGAAUCAUUGUGAAUUUUAAUGUAAUAGAGGAUAGGAUACAUCCUGUAUUCUUUUGCAUCUGUGCCAUGUUUGUUGUACUUCUUGUUCUUAGAGAGGAGAGUUUGAAUGGGGGGAGGGGAGGGAGAAAGAAACUAGUUUUGCAAAAAAAGAAAAGAAAAAAGGUUUUUUUAAAGGUAAUGAGAUUUUUACAGACAGAAGGAUAGAGAAUUUAAAAAUAUUAAAUGCAGUGAUUGCACAAACUGUAGUGAUUUUAGCUGGUUCUUAAAGAGUAUUUUUAGUAUUUGUGUGUGGUAGGGAGGGUGGUGUUCAGGCCAUUCAAAUUGGGCAAGGGAAGAGCAAAAAGUAACAGUGUCUGAGUUGAGAAAGCAAGUCCAUAAAAACCUAUUUUCUCUUCCCUCUACUUUCUUUUACUUGGGGCGAAGGGAGGAAGAAUGCCUCCCAUCUUACCUUCCUUUCUGGAUAUGAGUUCAGCCUGGUUCUGGCAAAGCUUUGUCAGAAGGGCUAUGUGGCAUGUUAUCCACUUGCAGAUGAACAGUUUAGGCAUCAAUAUGACCUACUGAGGUGAGAGCUAUUUGAUGAAGUGGGACAUGUUGCUGCUUUGUGGUUGUUCAGUAAGUAAAAGUAUCUAAGAUACCAGGCAAGCAGGAAAUAUGUGUUUUAGCUGUGAACCAAACAAACUAUUAGAAGCUGGCAAAACUUUCCUCAUAAUAGGUCAACCUCAAUGUAUACUGGGUUUCAUAACAAAGAAUUCCUUCUAAUUAAUCUAAUUCACUUUACAUCUUCCAGGUACAUUUUACCAAGAUGUUCUCAAGUGGGUAACAGCCUUGAUAUGUGAGGAAAAAGUGAUUAGGACCUUCGUGAGGAUAGCAAACACCAAACUAAUGAUGGCAGCUUGGGUUGCAGUGAUUGCUUUCAUUCUGAGCCCUGAGGGAAAGCAAGGUGAAAGGAGCAAGUAUGUGAUCAAGAUUUUAGCAAAAGAGACAUCAUGGAAGAGGAGAUUCCAUUAAAAGGGGGAGUGUUGGUUGGAUGUGAAGAUUGUCCCCAGAAUUUAUGUGGCACUGACUGGUGGAGAAUGGGCUGGCACUUUCCCUCCUGUUCCAAAGUGUCCAGAUUGGCUUUUUUUCCAUGAGUGCCAAUGCAAAAUCUGUAGAAGAGACCACCCGUCGUCCACUUCAGUAUCAAUUUUCAGACAGCAGAGGAAUAGUCUCCUGGUGUUUAUAGGAUACACCCUAAGACAAGAAGGAUGAAGUGUGACAGUUUUUGUUGGAGGAAGACUGUCCUGCUACUUGAGCAGUAUAUUUCUUUGUGGAAGUAGCUUUCAUGUUUAUCUGUUGCUUGCAAAAUUACACCUUUGCUUCUGUGCUCUUAAUUGUUCACUUCUUGUAGUUAGCAGCAAAGCAUAGUUGAAAUGGGAGUUUGGAAUCUGUUUAGGAAAAAGUAUUAGAUCUCCCAGAAAGCUAAAUCUUUCCUGCUAGGUUGUCCAGCUUUCUGUAUUGUGCAGAGAACUCAUUUUUAUCUGUUCACUAUUAUCUCUUUUUCUCAUCUGUUACCAACCAGUUGAACUGUGAUAUCCUUCCUCAGGGGGACUUGAGUCCCAUGUCUCUGUCUGUGCUAACCUAUAUGUGAUAAUUGGUUAUCAAUAGGCUAUGGGUGCAUGCAACGGGCAGUGAUAGGGAAAUUCUGAGAACAAUACUCUGGGCCUGUGAUUCCUGGUGAGCUGCUGAAAUACAGUGUCUCCCGUCUCAGGAGAAUUCCCCUCUUUGCUCAAUAACUUAGUACCCAUUUUGGCCACGGAGAACUACCUGCAAUCCUACCUCCAUUAUAAAAUGGGUGCUAUCUGAGCUGAGUCUUCCUGGUUAAUAAGCUCCCAUGUUUCCCCCCUCUUGUGCUUAGGGGAGGUUUAGUUGCUUUGCAGCAUUAUUUCUUGUCCACCAUCCAUGGAAGCUGCAGUUGUGUGAGUGAACAACAUUUUGGGUAACUGAGAUGGAGGAGAAAAUCAGGAAAAGGCAUUCCCCCCCCCCCCUGUGCCAGAUAAUUAGGAGAGGCCCUUGGUCUCAGGAGGUAUAAGAUUCCAAGUGGGCCUUUGGUAAGGAAAUGUAAUAGGCCUGGAAUGGAUUUCACACUUAUUGCUCAGAGUCCUUCUGUUAUGAACCAUCAUGUUGCUAUUCCCCCUCCCCCCUUGCCUCUUCCCUUGAGGCUUUGCACUGUUUUGCCUGGUGCAUCCUGUGCUCCAGUGUUGCUUGCUUUGCUGCUUUUUUGACUGUCCACUAGUGGUGCAAGAGCUGGGAUCUUAUUUUCUUAUUACUGAAGUGUGUGUGUGUGUGUGUGUGUGUGUGUGUGUGUGUGUAAGUAAAAUCCUCCACUUAACCCACCACAGUGCUUUGUGUUAUGCAAAGCCAGCAUGGGCCAGUAGCAUGACCAUAAGGCUGAGAACUAGGAAUGUCUGAAUGCUGUGAUCUGCAAGCCACUUGGCUUCCAAAGUAUGUACUGAAGGAGGCUGUUCUUAUGAAAGCUGCUCCCAGCACUUAUGAACAGCCCUAAUUGUGUUUAGUAUUUUCCCCAUAAAAUGUUUAGCUUUCAUCCAAGUCAGGUUUUGCACAGCCACGAAAGAGGAGCCUGGUGUUGGAAUAUUCUUCUUCCAUGUAUGGCUUCCUUUCUCAGUUAAUGCAACAGCAACACCCUGAUUGCCUCGCAGUCUCUCCUGCCCUACUUGAGAGGUCUACUGGGUCUUCUUCAGAUUGAAGUGUCAGGGUUACUUAUGUAUGGCAUAUGAACAACAUCUGAAGCCACCUUUGUCCCAUUUAGUUCUUAUUGAUCCAACCAACCCAAUGUUGGUUGAUGGGCAGUGGCACUCCAAUAUCUUAAACAUUUCAGAUAUCUUAAACAUUUCAGAGAUUUUUCCCCCAGCCCCUUUUAAUGAGGGGCGUUAGAGAUUCAACGUGGGCCCCUUAUUGUUUUCAAAAUAUGUGGUUUAACACUGAGUUAAGACCUUCUCCCAAUGUCAUUGUUAUGCCCUUUGUGUCAGUUCCAUGUUUUCCUGAACGAUUAAUUGCGCCAUCUAUUUCAUUUCUCUUUUACUCCAGUCUCAGCCAAAAGAUUUUCCUUGAAACAGAAAGGUGGCGUGACACUGAAAUGCAUCUGUGCAUUUGGAUGCGCCAUUGCCACAGAUCAUAGGACCAAGGCUGUGAUUGUUCAAGUGUAGAAUUUAGCUUCGGCUCUGGAAUUCAGCAUCUUGUAAGGGAUUUGAAAUUCAGCUUCGUAAGAAACUGCAUUCUUUAUCCUUUAAAAAAAAAAGCUAACUUAUGGCUGCAAUUAUAAGUUUGAAAAUGUGUGAGCAAUGCAUGGCGAAGAAGCCAGAGUGGGGCCUGAGCAUGGGUUCACAGCCCAGCAUAGUUCCGCUUGUGCCUCCCAAUGACUAGCAGUAGCAGAGUAAAUGGUGCAAAGUAAGCAAAUCUAUGCAGAUGUACUUAACCUUGCAUGACUUAGGCAUGUAGCAACCUUGGGUGAGUGCAAAGUUUAGAUUAUCUUGUUGGAGAUACAUAAUCUCUUGAACUGCAGAAUACACUCAGCCUUCAUUAAGACUUAAUCUGGAAUGCGAAAUAUUUGGUCCACCAAGCCUUGGCAUCCAAACCCCACUCGCUCUCUCCAGGCCCCCUUCUCCCCACUGUUGAGUGGUAAUCUCCAAUCAGCUGAGCUGUGUGGUGGGGGAGACCCCCACAGAUGCUGUUCAGCUAUUCAGUUUACAUAUCAGCAGUGAGGAAGAGGGAGCUUGUUGUAUUUCCUGUGCUGCAUGGUGAGAAAAGGAGCCCUUUCCUCACUGCACAGCUUGGCAAUAAAAUGGGCUGCCCGUGGAGAAAGGGGCUAUACUCUUCCUCAAUUUAUAUUUCUGUGUUUCUGUGCUGCAUUAAGAUAGGGGAGCCCUAUCUCUACUUGCAGUAGAGAAUUCAAGUGAGCUAUCUAGUCCAUUGCUGGUAUGCGGAGCCUGUCCACUUUCCCAUGAGGGACCCAUUACUGAUGCUAUGUCAAGUAAAAGUAACAUCUUGAUGAAAGCCGUGUGGUAUCAGAGCUGCUUCAAUACAUAAGAACUUGAUAGGGUUAGGCCAAAGGCUCAUAUACCACCUAUUGCUGUCUCCACUGGUAACCCUUAUUGGGUGCCAUAUAUGUAAUAGGCAGCCUGAAGGCUGCGCUAUGCUUAUUUGUUUAUUCUUUGGGUUGCUGAUCACUUGCCAAUCUGCAGCUACAAUAUACAAAGAUUCUGCAGGGAUCAAGUUGGUCCCUCUGGUUUGCUAACAUCUGGGGAUUAUUUCGGUCACUUAAUUGGUCGUUGCCAGUACUGAAUAAGUGGGGAUUAAAAUGUAUGCCUUUCUGUGGCUAUAUUUCUUCCUUCUGUGUAGCACAGGAUGAUGCUGUGUAAGGCUCUCAACAUUAUAGCUGUUGACAAGGAAGAAGCAUUCCCAAAAUGGAUGCUGAUGAUUCCUUGUUAGUCUGAAGCUUUCACUGAAGGAAAUAAAGGCAUGCAAGUGAUCUGGAGAAAAAACUUUCUUCUAUACAAUGGGCAGUAAAACGAUAAUUUGCAGAUGAGUAUGUUUUGCAGCUUAACAUUUGAUUGGAUUCAUUUAAGUCCCAAUUCCAAUAUGCUGAAAACCCAUUCCUAUUUUGUAUAGCACUUAAAAAAAAUUGCAAGCACAUGCUUUAAAAGUUCAGCACUCUCAUACUGUGGCUUCUAAUGUGAAGUACUUUGCUAUUUUAAAUGGGGGAUCCUCUUCCAUUGUUCUUUGCCUGAUCACCAUGUUUAGCAUUUAUUCUAGUCUCUCACAGAACCAGCCAUUCCAUACUGUUUUUUCCCAGACACAAGAAUGACUUGUAGGAAUUGUCCUAUGUCAUUAAAUAGCAUAGUGGGGAAUAUUUAUUACUCAGAGACUGACAAGGGUAUUGCUGAGACUCUUGAGUCUUUCAGUAUCAGUCCUUAUGCAGUCAACACAUGUAUGUUACUUUUUUGGUGCCGGAAUGACAUGGAGGAACUUUCCAACGUUGCAUGUAUAGUAAUGUGGGAAGCAACUCCUAGUUCUUUACAGUCAAGCUUUUCAGUGAAGCAAGAAAAUAAUGUAGCAACUCAACUAUUCUUCAGAGACUGCUGUAUGUGUCCCAUGUAAUUAGUGGAAGAUUGCCCUGUGGUAUUCAUAGGCCAUUAUCAGUAGUAGAAAGAUGUCCCCUUAACCUGGGAAUAAUUUAUGGUUUUAAUCUGGAGAAUACUGUUGCUCAUAGGGCGUGACAUGCAAAGAAUGUGGGACACCUGUGCAGAUGCAAAAGCUAGGCAGCAAGUUAGGUGGUGGAUAUUCUCCAAGAUGAAUGCCACAGGGGGCAAGGGACUGGCAGAAAGUUGGGACUUCUAAGGAUGCAGUUUGUUUCAUGGUGGCUGCUACCACCAGCCUAAAGUAAAUAUAUCUAACCACGGCUUUAGUGAUGUUCCUGGUGCUUAUUCCCCCUCCCCACAUUCCUGCAAUUUUAUACUCAAACCAAUUCAUCUGCCACAUUUCUCUUUGUGAGUUCUCUUGGAGAAAAGCCUCUUGUUCCAGGAGGUUCAGAAUUGGUGUUUGCUCCUCUUUUACGCUCACCCUUGCACUUGCCAGUGCCAGGCCUCAACCUUGCCAGACAUGCUGCUGAUGUCAGUGUGAUCCCAUUGUGAACCUUGUUAAUACGUAAGGGCUUUCUAAGGCGAUGGUGGCACUUGCUUCGAACCUUACAAAACUGCAGUCAAUUGAGAGGGUUAGUGUAAGUCUGCACAUUUGGCUUUUGCAAAGUUGAGGCCUUAUGCUAAGUUUUGUCAAAGGGUGAGCUGAAGUUGCUGUGUUCUUGCCUCUUGGCGUAUGAAAUAGGCUUUAAAAACCAAUAACUAAAUAUAUAUCUGGUAACUUUUUAAUUUUGGCAAAAAUGCAUUUAAUGAAACAAUUGUGCAUGAAAGAAGUGUUAUCUAUUAUUUUUGUCUUAUUCAUUUUUAAAUAUAGUGUUUGCAUUUGCUUGGUUGCUUUUAAAAAUCCAGUUCUCAGCUGGCUAAACUGUCUAGAGUGGAUGGAUGGGAAGCAUAGUGGGGUGGGUGAUUGAAUCACCACCCCCCAUUGGCAUUUCCAUCAGAAAAGUGGCUUGCUCCAGGUUUUGCGGGGGGUUGUGCUAAUUACUCUUGUGUGCUUGUACAUUUUGUUCUUUCUGCUGCUCUUGAGUAUUGUAUCAAUGCCAGAAAUGGGGAGUUAAAAAGAUGAACCCCAAUAAAUUGUUACAUUCCAAAGCUU